AUGCGAAGCAGUACUUCCACCCAACCUUCACACCUCCCAUCAAACUAUUCGACUCUCAUAAGUUUACAUCCCACCGUCACUCCCAGACCAGAAGGAUCAGGUAGAAGAUGGCAUUUGACCUGUCCGAUUAGCAUCACUCAUGACUCUCAACCUCUUAUUCAGGCGGCCGUGGGUUCAAUAGGUUUAUCGAAAGGUCCGGAGGAUUGUAUAAAAGAGUUAAGAGGUACGAUUGAAUUGUUUUUGGAUAUUUCGAAUCAGUCUAAUGCCACAAUACAAAGAACGUCUGAUCAGAAUAGAGUGCAGAUGAAGUUUGAAAAGAAAACAUACCUAGAUGCGAUCAUCUGGUCGACAGAUCAUUCAAAUACGAAUGCGAAUGAUAUAUCGGUGGAAGUCGAACAUACCCAGAUGAGUUUGAAUCGAGCGGAUAGAAUCAAACAAUGGGCAAAGAGUAAAGUGGUCAGUGGUAUUGGUAUUGGUGUGAGCGAUAUGAUGAAAGAUGAUUUCAAGAGGGUAUAUUAUGGAUGUAAUUGUCGAUAUCCUUGUGAAUGCGAUACCGAUAGAUGA